GUCAGCGACUCAGCGUUAUAAUUCCAGCAAUUCCGUUGUUUGCCGAGUUUUCAUUUUCUUAAAAACCAGUUCUAUAGUCUCUCUCUUCCCCCGCCAUUUCUUUCUCCAACUCCUGAUUCUCCAUAUAUCGGAGUAACACUUCCAAGUCUCAAGAACCCUAAAAAAACACACUCAUAAUCUCAAUCAGUGUGUGAGAGAGAGAUGUUCACACAAUUCGGCACAACUGCGGAAUCCUUCAGCAAAGCGUCGUCAAUGGUGUUUCGUAUUGGAACCGACGCUCAUCUCUACGACGAUCCCGAUGAUGUCAACAUUGCUCCUCUUCUUGACAGCAAAUUCGACUCCGAGAAGUGCGAAGCUCUCAAACGUCUCCUCGCUCUCAUUGCUCAAGGCUUCGAUGUCUCUAAUUUCUUCCCUCAGGUUGUGAAGAAUGUGGCAUCACAAUCUUUUGAAGUCAAGAAGCUGGUAUAUGUAUACCUACUGCAUUAUGCCGAAAAGCGACCAAAUGAAGCAUUAUUAUCAAUUAACUGUUUCCAAAAGGAUCUAGGGGAUACCAAUCCUUUGGUGCGUGCAUGGGCUCUGCGUACUAUGGCGGGUAUCCGUCUACAUGUAAUUGCACCUCUUGUUCUAGCUGCUAUAAACAAAUGUGCCAGAGAUCCAUCUGUAUACGUUAGAAAAUGUGCAGCCAAUGCUCUUCCGAAAUUGAAUGAUUUGCGGCUAGAGGAAAAUGCAUCUGCAAUUGAGGAGAUUAUUGGUAUACAACUAAAUGACCAUUCUCCUGGAGUAGUUGGAGCCGCCGCUGCCGCUUUCAAUACAAUAUGUCCAAAUAACUUGCCUCUGGUAGCAAGAAACUAUAGAAGACUCUGUGAAAUUCUUCCUGAUAUAGAAGAAUGGGGUCAAAUUAUCUUGAUUGGAAUUCUCUUGCGCUAUGUGAUUGCGAGGCAUGGUCUUGCAAAAGAAUCCGUUUUGUUUUUUCCACGUGUUACUGGAACUAACAGCUAUGAUAAGGUUGAUUCAAUUGCACACAUUCACUUAGAAGGCAGCAGUGACUUGGGCCAUGGAAGCUCUAAGCAAGAGUUAGUGAAUUUGGUUGCCAGGUCAUAUACUGAAGGUUCUGAUGAAUACCUAUCAAGAUCAAGUGCCGAGAAAGGAAUUUUUCUUGACUUAGAUGAUGCUUCCUUAACUUCUGCUGAUACCAAUGAUGACAUGAAGAUGCUUCUGAAGUGUACAUCUCCCCUUCUAUGGAGUCAAAACAGUGCUGUAGUACUUGCAGCUACUGGAGUGCACUGGAUCAUGGCAUCGAAGGAUGAUGUAAACAGAAUUGUGAAACCAUUGCUGUUUGUCUUGAGAUCAUCACGUGCCUCAAAAUAUGUGGUUCUCUGUAACAUUCAAGUUUUUGCUAAGGUCAUGCCUUCACUUUUUGCCGACUAUUUUGAAGAUUUUUUCAUAUCAGCUUCAGAAACUUACCAGAUAAAAGCUCUGAAGCUUGAAAUUCUCUCUUUGAUUGCUACGGAUUCUUCAAUUUCUUGUAUCUUUCAGGAAUUCGAGGACUAUGUUAAAGAUCCAGACAGAAGAUUUGCCUGUGAUACAGUGGCUGCCAUUGGUCUAUGUGCUCAACGUCUUCCGAAACUCGCUAAUAUAUGCUUGGAAGGCCUCUUGUCACUUGCCAAAAAUGAUUUAUUAACUGGUGAGGAUAAUGCUUUGGAUGGAGAAGCGAGUAUUCAAAUUCAAGCAGUGAUGUCCAUUAAAGCCAUCAUAAGUCAUGAUCCACCUAGUCAUGACAAGGUAAUCAUUCAAUUGGUUCGAAGCUUGGAUUCAAUUAAGGUGCCUGCAGCGCGAGCAAUAAUUGUAUGGAUGGUUGGAGAAUACAAUAGUUUAGGAGACAGAAUUCCUCAAAUGCUAACCUCAGUACUUAAGUAUGUUGCUCGUUGCUUUACUUCAGAAGCCUCUGAAACAAAGCUUCAGAUACUUAAUACUGCUACUAAGGUUUUGUUGAGUGCCAAAAGGGAGGAUCAAGUAACAAUAAAGAAACUGGUAAGUUAUGUGCUUGAACUAGCAAAAUAUGACAUGAAAUAUGAUGUCCGUGACCGAGCUCGUAUGUUGUCAAAGAUAUUGUCCACAAUCCUGAGUUCUCUUGAUAAGGAUGUAUCAUAUGCCUCACCAAUAGAAGGGGCAGCCCAUCUCAUUGCAGAAAAGUUGUUUGGACCCCUCCAAGGGAUACCAUUGUCUGAACCCAUAAGUUCCCGCUUCUACCUUCCUGGAUCUCUUUCACAGAUAGUUCUUCAUGCUGCGCCAGGUUAUGAACCUCUGCCUAAACCAUGCAGUUUGCUUCUAGCUGAUGUUGGCCAAGACUCAGAUAUAGUCCCUGGAACAGAGAAGUCUGGAGACUCAUAUACAACAGAUGAUUCGGAGACAAUUUCUGGUUCUGUGGAUGAGGCAAGUGCAUCUGAUCGCAGUUCUCAGUAUUCAGAUAGUGGCUCAAGUUCUGCUGAUGGUACUGAGGAGAGUCAAUCUCUAAGUGAAGCUGACAAGAGUACAGGUCUACUGAUCCAGAUUUCAGAUGCCGAUAAUGCCUUUAAGGGCCAGAAUGGUGCUGAGACUAGUCAUGACCCAUCCGGAUAUAGUGGAGUAGAGGAUAUGUUAUCCAAGAGGGCUUAUGAGUCAUGGUUGGAUGAUCAGCCUGUUUUGUCAGACCAGAAAUCAUCUGGAGGUGAUGCCAUCCAGAGAUCUGCCAGAAUUUCCCUCGAUGAUCUAGGCAGCCGGGUUAAUCCUAAGUUAUAUACGCUUCUAGAUACUGUGAGUGGUCAGGGAUUGAAGGUGGAUUAUUCAUUUUCCUCUCAGAUAUCCGAUAUUUCAAAGUUGCUUGUUUGCUUGGAGGUUACUUUUCAUAAUUGCUCUAAUGAGCCUUUCUCGGAAGUGAUGUUGGUAGAUGAGGGCCCCAACAAUGGUAUAGAUCUGACAGAACAAGGAUUGAUGUCAGGAGAGAGGUCAUCUGCUGCUCAUGAUGCCGUUCCAACUUUGGUUCCAAUGGAAGUUAUCAAUUCCCUUGGACCUAGCGAAAUGAUAAAAAGGGUCCUUCAUGUCCACUUUCAUCAUCAUCUUCUACCUUUGAAGUUGUCGUUACAGUGUAACGGCAGGAAAUUCCCUGUCAAGUUGCGGCCUGAUAUCGGAUACUUUGUAAAGCCCCUAAAAAUGGAUGUUCUAGCUUUCACAAAUAAGGAAUUGCAGCUUCCAGGCAUGUUUGAAUAUGUAAGAAGGUGUACCUUUGCUGAUCACAUAGUGGAACUGAGUACGGACAAAAGUGACACCUAUUUGACGAAAGAUGCGUAUCUUGUAAUCUGUGAGAGUAUAGCAUUAAAGAUGCUAAGUAAUGCAAACCUUUCUCUCGUAUCAGUUGAUUUGCCGUUGGGCUCUAAACUUGAUGAUGCAUCAGUUAUCAGGGUGAAGUUGUGUACAUGUUGACCACCCUUGACAGCUCUAGUGGCUGGAUGCAUGGGAGUGUAUCUCUUGUUGCUGCUGCUAAGUAACUUGCGAUCCAAGGGUACGAAUGGAGGCUAGUAGUAUAUCAGAUUCCAAUAAACUGGUGUGCGUGUAUUAGUUUUACAUGCUUUUGGAUUUUUCUUUUGGAGCAGAUUUCAAUGCUGUUUUUAUAACCAUCACCUUCAUGUGGCAUUGGUAGAAGUUAGAACCUUAAGUUGCUCCAGGCUAGUAGCUCUUCUUGCCAUCAAUGGUUGUUUAAAGAAGAAAAAUAAAUAAUUAAGUCAGCUAGACCAGCUGGCAAGCCUUCAGAGGUUGUAUCAAAUACAAUUCUCUUUUCAGGAAGCCGAAAAGAGGAAGAAAAGGAAAAAAGGAAAGAGAAAGAAGUGUUGUACAUGAGGGAAUGUAACUUUAGACAUUAAAUGAUGAUGAUAAAUCUUGAUAUAUUUACGAGUAAGCUCUCUUUCGAAAUUUUGAUCUUAUGUAUGAGCAGCCUACCUUUCAAUUUUCUUUUGUUUGGUUUGUGCUUUGCAAUAUUUUCAAAGAAAACAACUUGGGCACCUGUUAAUUUAUGUAUAUGGGAUGUGGAAGUGCCAUAAUGCUGGACCCUCUGACUGCAUCUUACAUGAAUAUUUCACAGCUGAAGUGCUGCCUAUAUUCUAUCAGUUAAGCAUGUACUAAGCCCUAUGUACCUGGUGCUAUCUAGAUUAUAGACUAUUACGUAGGAGUUCUAGAACCAUCAGUUAGUAACGUACUAAAAGUAUUUGGUUGUAAUUUCACUGCUUCGAGGACCGAGAUGGGAAUUCAUUAUGAAUCGAUUCCUUUAUGAAUGAUGAUAUUCUGCUACGUAAAAGUUUGUCAAUCGUGAUGGAAGGUCUUCAUUGAUUCUGUGUUAUUAGUUUGCCUGUUGAAACAGUCUGUCAGUUUCUUCGUGUUUACUGGUGCUUCUAAUGUGGCAGCAAGUACUGGAAUUCAUAUUGGUAGGGCACAACUUCUAUCAUCUUUCCUGUUGGUAGUUUUCUGUCUUCAUAUAGGCACUCCAUUAUUGCUCUUUUUAAAAUUCCAUUUGGUGGUAAUUGGCUAUAUAUCCACUCUAUUAAUGACUCCAUAUCAUCUGCAAAAUCUUGCAUGUGCCAUUGAAGGAGCUUGGGCACCAAGACCUUUCUCUUGCUCGUUACUCGUAUCGAAGCUUCCAAGUAUUCAACUUUUGCUCUACCUAGUUGAUUCACCACUUCUUCUGGAGUAUAAAUCCACAACUGCAAGUAGGAAAUACUUAUUCUUUAGCCUGAGGUUAACAAUAACAUCAGGUUAUAGACUUAUAGUAGUGCAUAUAGUGAAGGAGAUUGAACUCACUGCUGGUGAAGACCAAUUGCCUCGGCAGAGUGCAAAGGUAAUGUUGGGUUCAGGAUAGCGUAGUCCAUAAGCACGACGCAGUAGCACUUCUUUCUCGUUUAUGAGAUCCUGAAUAAUGGAAAUGAUGAGUUAGGUUAAGACACAAUUAGUACUGGAUGAAUGAUCAAAAACCUCCAUCUUGUUUGUUAGAUGCACAUUUCACAAGUGUAGUUGAUGGAUUAACUUUUAAGGUGAAUACGGUUUUGAAACGCCCACAUGCAAUAUCAGUAGGAUUAAAUUCUGAGGAAAUUUGGAGCUAUUUGGUACUUCCUUUUCGUAGUUUAUUAACAUUUAAUUUUUCUUGAAGGUAGCCAAUGUUGGAUUAGCAAAGCGGUCUGCCUAGUAUAUGCGACAUGUAUAGAUGUUCUCAUGCAUUCUUACAGUCUGUACAAUUUCACUGGAUAAAGUAUUGAAUCCUUUUGCUCUAUGAGAUGAAAAUAUGAAAUAUGGGAAGAUUUUGUGACUACUUACGUAUUUUGAAAUACUUGGAUGCCGAAGAAGGUAAUGCUCAAUAGCCAGGGCAUUCAGCACUAUUCCGCCAACAUUUAGGGCAGCCUGGUUCAGAAGUGCACAUUUAGUUCUUCCCUAUCAUAUUGAUUUUGAUGUUAAAUUUGUCUAAUUUCUUUCCAUGUUCAAGUAUAAACUUAUUCAUAUUUCUGAACCACGUUGCUUAAACCUGCGAAGAAUUAUGAUUUGCAAUGUGGUUACCGACCUUGUUCAGAAGUGUCAACAUUCCUUCCUGUGUAUUUGGCAGCCCAUACUGUAAGUAAGCCUGGUUCCAGAACACAAAAGAAGAGUAUCAGUACCUCAGUUUUGGUACUUGAUGUGAUUUGGGAUAGUUGAAGAUGUCUUACAGUACAUGCAUAAUGGAGGCAUUGUAGAUGUUAAUCCAAAAGGCUAGUUUUUGUUUGUUGCUCAGGAAUGACAGGUCCACAUAGCAUAAAGUUUGCAGCAAAACCCUGAUAGAGAGACCAAAAUAUUUCAGUUUUCCAACAUGUUGUAAGUACUUGCUGCCUGAGAAAUUUAGAAGUUACCUCAGUUUUCUGGUUGCAGGACAAGAAUCCGAAAGCUGAGCUGUUUUCAGUGAAUUUCUUGUGAUGUGGAUGAAGUUCUUGUAGGGGCUAAAAUCAAUUUCUGUGCUAUCAAAUACCUGUGAAUUUCCAUCGUCGCUAGUGAUUGAUGAUCUUGCUUUACAACUAAAUGUAUUUUUUGAUGAAAAUCCUUUGGAGUUGAUGCAGUUUAAAGUAUUCUUGGGAGCACCAGUCAUUGGUUCUUUUUCGGCUGACUUCUGGCUUAGCUUUACAAGUAUGCUUAUUAAGCAUUUGAGCAGUUCUUCUGAGAGUCUAUUUGGCUCCUCACAGCUGACUUCAGCAUCUAUGCUGUGGCUUGGUUUAUUUCUGAUGAUUCUCAGGUAUCGCUUCGCAGUUUCUUCUGUUUUAUUCAGAGAAUGAUGAAAUUGUAAGUAACCAAGAUGUAUUUCUUCAAUUGAUGUCAAUUUACAUUUGUUUUGUAUGCUAAUUUCAUUCUUAAGAAAAGUUCAUAACGAUCUUUGGAUUGUAAAAUGCAGAAUUCAGCUCUUACAAGAUGGAAUUUAACCCACCUUUGGGCUCCACAGAAGAGCAAGUUUGCAUGUCUGAAACAGAGCCGAAAGACAACCUUCCGUCUUUUAAACAUUUUCGCCUGUUAUGACUUCGUGUAACUUUAAUUCGUUCUAAUCUCUUCCAAUCUCUUUGAUUUUGCUGUUUGUAGGGUAAUUGCAUCUCAAGGUGCUUUCCUGGCUGCUCUAGCUGGCCGUCUUUGUUGAGCUUCUUCUCUUUGUACAGGUUCUUUUUCAAACUCUCAACUUUUGUUUCUAGCCCAGUAAUUUCUCUCUCCACCAUUGCUAGUUCUGCUAGAAGUACCUGAACCUGCACCAGAAGCACCAAUUUAAACUGAGUCUGCACAUGUUGUGGAAACAUAAAUCCCAUGCUCAUUCUUUGUAUAAGGUACUAAGAUAGUUGUAAUGAAAUUUAUGUGAUUACAGAAAUUUCAUGUGAAUGUUCACAUUAUUACAAUCCUCUUAUCCAACAUUUGAUGUCCUGCACAGGGUAUAUUUUUCAGUACUAUAUUCUAGAUGAAAAUAAAGACUCCCUUUUUCCGAAUAAUCCAUUUCUAUAUUAAGUAUAAAUUCUUGGGUUAAAUCAAGGUAUUAGUGAUUUCUUAAAAUGGUUAAACAAGGUAUGCUUUGUUUUCAUGUGGAACCAUUCACAGCCUAUACUGCAGGUAAAACAAUAAUAUGCCUAAAUCCAUUACUGUCCUAUUAUCACACGAGUUGGCUUCGUGCUUUUAUUUGGUUCAUAUGUUUUAUUCUUUUGGCAAGUCGUACUAGCAGGAGAAAGCAAAAAUUCAUUACCUCCAGGGGAAGCAAUGAAGAAAGGCAAGGACAGGAUAGAAGAGGUCCUCUCAAUGCACUUCGUAGCACGCCAUUUAACUGCAGCUCCCCAUUGAGUCUUCCAUGCAGCUCCUCAACCUAUUGGACAUGAAUUCAGAUCAUUACAGUUAUUUAUAGCUCUUUGAAAUACUCAUUUUGGCUAAAUUUUAGUUAGCUAAAUAUGUAUAGGAAAAUAGCGAGUCCACACUCCACACUCCACACAGGCACACAUAAUGUCCGCAUUUCUCACGAGACAAAAAUCUAGCUAACUAAAAUUUAGUCAAAUAGCUUACCUCUUGUUGUACAUACAUAUUUUCUUUAUGAUUAGAGUCUAGAAGUAGAUGUUACCUCCUCUUCAA